AUGACCAUCUCUGAAGCAUCAGCUAUCCCUCAUGGAUCACGGGUCCUGGUGACUGGGGCCAAUAGCUUGGUCGGAUCCAAUGUGGCCGAUCGGCUGCUUAGUCGCGGGUAUCGUGUCAGGGGAACUGUGCGGAAUGCGCAGAGACACCAAUGGCUCGGAGAUCUUUUCCGUGGCAAGUAUGGAAAAGACAGCUUUGAGCUGGUCCAGGUCCAGGACAUACAGCGUCCGGGGGCUUUUGAUGAAGCUAUGAAAGGCGUCUCGGGAGUGGCACAUGUAGUGACUAUCUUUGCCGGUCCAAACGAUGGUCCGGACGAGGUAUUCGAAUCCAUAAAACAGCUGGACCACAAUGUCCUUGCCUCCGCGGCAGCCGAGCCCAGCGUCAAGCGUUUCGUCUACACCUCCUCUUGCCAAGCGGCUAACACAAUGGGCUUGGAUGAUCUGGAUGGCAAGACAGUGAUCACCUCGGAAACUUGGAACAAAACUGCCAUUCAGCGAGCCAAAACGGGGUCUCCUGCUGAAUGGAGAAGAGGGUUUGACAUCUACAGCGCAAGCAAAGCCUUGGGGGAGCAAGGGAUCUGGGAAUGGGUGAGAGAGCACAAGCCCAGGUUCGUGGUAAAUACCGUUCUACCCUCGUUGUGCUAUGGUGCCUCUCUCGACCCAGAAAAUCAAGGGUUUCCUUCCACACUAUCAUGGCCAGCAGCCAUCAUCAGGAAUGAUUGGGCCUCAGUUUCCGAACAUGUGAAGGCCAACCUCCCAAAUGGAGGGUAUUGUGUGGGCAUUGAAGAUGCCGCACUUCUGCAUGUCGCGGCUUUGACCAAUCCCACGGUCCAAAAUGAACGCCUGUUCGCGUAUGGCUGGCCUUUCUUCUGGAACGAUUUAGCUACCAUCUAUCGGACCAUAUUCCCGAACCGCGAGCUGCCAACGGAUUUGCCUGCUCGGGAUAAGGAUGCAGAUCUAUUGGACGUUAAGCCUUCGAGGCGGUCGGAAGAUCUACUUAAAGAGAUGGGCAAGCCGGGAUGGAGUAGCCUCAAGGAGAUUAUCGUGGCCAAUGCAUAUGGUCUGGUUUGA